AAACGCAUAUGUUUCGUUAUUUCCGAUCUGCACAUCUUCUCGUGUUACCGAUUAGCUAGCUGUUGUUGUAGUGCUGUACGUCUGCUCACUACAUGAAAUAUGAAUGCAUUGCUGUAAUUACAAAAAUCCAAUUUGACGUACUAAUAAUUUGGAUUUUGAUGUUAAUAAGGCACGUAUCUAAUAACUCAAUGGCGGGCGAGGCCUACAUUUUGAUUUAGUACAAUGGUGAAAAUCUUCGUUGGGAACCUGUCCCCGGACACUACAGCGGAUGAGAUUCGCUCUCUCUUCUCUCAGUAUGGGAAGAUAUCCGAGUGUGACACCGUGAAAAACUUCGGCUUUGUGCACAUGGAUGACAAAGCGGAGGCGGAUGAAGCUAUAAGAAACCUUCACCAUUACGUGCUCAACGGUUUGGCAAUGAACGUGGAGAUGAGCAAAGGCAAACCCAAGACAUCUACGAAACUUCAUGUAGGGAACAUCAGCAAUACCUGCACCAACCAAGAACUCAGGGCUAAGUUUGAAGAGUAUGGACCUGUGGUGGAGUGUGACAUCGUCAAAGAAUAUGCUUUUGUACACAUGGAGCGGGUUGAAGAUGCUAUGGAGGCCAUCAGUGGUCUGGACAACACAGCCUUCCAAGGCAAACUGAUGAGCGUGAAGCUUUCGACUAGCCGCCUGCGUACCGCGCCGGGAAUGGGAGAGAGAACGGGUUGUUAUCGGUGCGGGCAGGAAGGCCACUGGUCCAAAGAAUGCCCAUUGGACCAGAACGGCUCCUACCGAGAGGGCUCAGGCCCGGCAGGAUGUGGGCCCCUCAGGUUUGGUGGGGGUGGCGAUCGCGGCGGCCGGGGUUUUCACCGCGGCUUCAGUGGCGAGCAAGGCUACAGUGGAAGCUUUGUACCCUCGCAUGGCUUCACCAGGGGAGCAGGGUAUGGUGUCCCUGGGUAUGGAAGGGGUGCAGGUUUUGAGAGCGCAAUGAAUUACGGUUUGCCAGCGGGCUACGGCAUUGGCGCGGAUAAUAGCAUGGCCCCGGCGUACGGAAACGAGGCUGCGUAUGGGAGCAGUGGCAUGGGCUACGGUGGUUCGUUGCCUGCGUACCCGAUAAGGCGACCACCCUUUGAGGAACGAGAUCCGUACGGUGUGGUGGACUUCUACGAGAAGUAUCGGGCACGUCCGUACGGGACCAGUUAUUUCGAAGAUAGACACGCGGUUCCACCUCCUGUUCCUCCUCCCCCGUCUUCCUCUGCGAUCGCGAGGUCCUCCACUAACCUUGACCCAUAUGAGAGGCGUCCCCUCCCCCCUCCUCCAGCUCCCACCUCUUCAUACUAUGUCCGCGACCGAAGCCCAAUCCGGCGAGUUCCCAUAGAGGCGGAGGGAUACGCGUACGAUCGCGCGGCCCUCUCCCCUGUCACUUCGCUUCCCAGCAAUUCUGUAUAUGACGUACCGCGGGAUCCAUACGCCGAGCGAGCUCGCUAUGCUUACUAACCUAUAAACUGAACACAUUCAGGUGAGAUCUUUUUAGAAAUACAAAAGGUGAGAUCAAAAUUUGAUUUAAAUCACAACUGUUGAGGGUUAUUGAUGUUAAGGUACUUUUAUUCUACGAUCCAUUGUGUCACUCAUCAUGAGCUGUAUUUAUGCUCUUAAAGUCUGUGUAAAGUCAUUCCAGAGAAUUGUUUUUAAAGGCAUUAUAAAUUUUAGAAAUGUAUUGGUGAUACACGUCGUUACAAAGACUGUGAACUAUAUAGUACCGAAUUGUGGAGUUAAACAGUUUUUCCACAUUUCUGUGUUUAGAAUUAUUUGGGCGGGGCUACAACUGUGGGUUCAUGAGACCCUGGAGCCAGAUAGCAUGGCCCUGCCCUUAAACACAAUAGCGAGCAUCCACUCAGGUUGUAGUGGUAUUUGAAAAUGGAGAGAGAUGCAAGCUUUCCCGCAAGUGGGCGAUGUUUUUAGCACAAUCUGCGGAGACGCCCCCAGCGUUUAAAUGCAGGGAAUCCUGCCUGUUUUUCCAGUAUUUUAAUAACUUAUUUUAUUUACUUGCAGUUUUUUUAAUCAUUCAAAUUUGGCACACAUUUAAUAUCAGACUUUACAUGGACUUUAAAGUUACAAGUGUAAAGUUGAACCUCACAGAGGAUAUUUACAGGUCUCAUUUGUUCAAAAUGACUAAUAGACACAUGCCCAGAAUAUGUUGAUUUACUUUUUUUUUAAGAUUAGUCAAAAAUAUGACCUUACUAUACUUUCUGUUAUUUAUAAAGGGUAUUUUAAUAAAUUUUAUUUGCAACUUGGUGGUAUGGAUACCUUAACAGAAUGAAUAACUGACUGAAUAACACAUUUUUAUAAUAGAUUUCUCUCUUUGCAGGUGUUUCAUGGUUUCUCACUGAUCAUUUUAGAAGUAUAAGAAGAACGAUGCAUUCAAUUUUGGCUGGAUUAAGGACAGUACAGACAGCCCACGUCUUUACUAAACUACUUCUGUUGUCUUAGCAAAUGUGUUGUAGCCCUGUGUUUUUAGGUGCAAAGAACUGUAAAUAUUUUUUACCAUCAUUAUUAGUUUAAAAAGCAUGAAAAGAAUUGCGUUCUUUUCUGCAGAAAUCAUCGCAAUUGUAUGUUGGAUGCAGAUUGUGCCUGCAGUUGCUCUGGAGUGAACAGUCUCAGUAUUGUCAAUAUCACCUUUUCAAUUGAUUUAAACUUGAAUUGAACUCUUUUCUCCUAAGGAGAAUGUGCCAGAAUCAAAAUCGACUGUAAAAUUCUUUCUGCACAAACAUUUUAACCAAAUUGCGACACCACAUUUUAAAUUUUUUAAAUGGAAAAAUAAGAAUACUAAUUGUGAUGUUCAGCCUACAAAGCUGAGGUAGAUAAUUUGCAUUAUUCUACCUCUUGUGGUCUACACUAAAAAUAACAUUCUCAGAUAAGUCAUCAUGUAUUGUAAUAAACCAGUCCUUCUUUAACUUGAUAAAAAAAUCUGAAAAGAUGAUUUUGCAGUUUUACUUUGGAAAUUCAAUUCAUGUUAUAAAUGUGCUGUUAAAUUCUUAAUAAAAUAAUUCUUCUUAAA